AUGGAUACGGAAGAUCUCAGUGAUAACGAAUAUGAAUCCUACUAUAACGCAGGCGAUUUUCAGGAAGAACAACCAGAUAAUGACCACAAUGCCGACGAUGAAGACACCAUGACUGUUAUUGAGGAAUGCAAACGUAAAUUCUCCAAUGACGACUCUGUUAUGGAAUCGGAUCUUAUUGUACAUAUUCGAAAAUAUAUUAAAGCUGGCGGAACACCUGAAGAACUGGUGCAGUUAUUAUCUGAUCACUACAUUGGUGAAGGAGAAGUUGCCAAUGCUUACAUCAAAUGGCUGCAGGAUUUAGGAGUCAAAGACGAAACUAUAAAUCGGACCUGCGUGGAGCAUUUGCGAGAGGUGGUAAUAAGUAAAUUUGAUCCUGCUAAAGCAGAUUCUCUUUUUAUUGGCGAAGGAAAGAAUGUUACUUGGUUACAAGAUAUGAUAGCCCAACCGUUUUGGCGUAAUUUGUUCUAUUGCUUAGCUGAACGAUUUCCAGAUUGUUUAGUGUGUAAAUUCGCAGUUAGGUUGAUUUCUGAUGCCGGCUAUCAAGACGACAUAAACAACAUUUCAACAGUUUGCCAGCACUUGGAAUUAUUUACUCGACAAUUACAGUCAUGUGUCCAUAGUGUUAUUGCUAAGGGGCCUACUACAUCUUCUGCAGAUGUUGAUAAUAUGAUUAAUAUGGCUUGCCACACAGAACAUGGUUAUCUAUGUUGCCAAUUUUUCUUAAGAAUACUCCUCUAUGAUAUUGAGAACAGUCAUUUAAUUCGAUUUUUGAUGCAAAAAAUAGAAAGUGGUGCUAUAUCCAGAGGACUAGCAGUCAGUGAUAUCGCAAUGAUCGUUAACGGCGUAUACCAAUAUACUAAUGUCAAUGCAGCUGUUAACAAUAUAUUUUCUCGAAAUGCCUUGGAUUCCACGGAUGUAGCUACGUUGUAUGAAGUCUAUUCGGGAGAUGAACCACCUCCAAUAGAAAUCAUAAGACAUCCACGUUUUUUAGAUUUGUUGAUUAAGCGCCUUUUUGAUCCUGAUGACAAGAUAGAUGCAGACUUGAAAUCAAAGUUAUGUUUUCUUCUAGCUUACGCCGUUAGUGUUGUUGAAACAAUCUCAGAGACUCAAACGUUAUUGAAUACUGAUGACUUGAAAAGUACUACCAACGUUAUCGGCCGUACGUUGGACAUAAUUAGUCAUGCAGAUUGUCGAUCUUCCAAUUAUCUUUUAUCAGAGAUUGGAAAUCUGUAUCAGUAUAUUAGAUAUCCAGUAGUUGGUAGAGGAUUAAUUAAUUGGGUGGAUUGCAUCGUAUCUUCGUCAAGCUUUUUCAACUAUAUGGGCGAUUCUACGGCAUUAAUAUACCUAGCAAUUUUGGACGAAAUUUGCACGCAUCAUCCAUUACAGCAUCCAACAACUUUUAACUUACUCAUAAAAUUUUUAGAAUAUGAAUACAAUAAUGGCGAUAUAAUGUUGAUUCUCCGAUUUAAAAGACACAUUAUCGAAUGCAUGGUCCAUUUAGUGAGUCGAGGUUAUGUAGUCCCUGUACUGAAUUAUAUCAGGAAAUGUCUGGAUACCAACUCGAUGGACAAUUCACUUAUUCGAAAUUUUGUUUCUGGGGUGCUUGAUAUCAUAAGUCCUCCUUACACGCCAAUUUUUAUUGAAUUAUUCUUGCCGUUACUAAAAAGCGACGUUUGUAUUUCGCUGCGACAAAGUCAGAAUAAAGAUGAUCCCGCAGUAAAUUUUAUAGAUUACUGUGAAACUUACAAGACCAGCGCAAUAAUCACCGAUCACUAG